GCAGGAAUGUCAGCCCAAACAAGUGACUCUGGUGCUGAGAGCGAGGCACCAGAAGCCAAGAUUCCAGAUUCCAGUAAGAAGGAACAAGAAGAUGGCGAGGAGCUGCCCUUCAUUGAAGCCUUCAGUGUCGUGUUUAAUGUGGCCAGUUGCCUUGGUCUUCAUAUUGUCAGAAGAGACGACCUCGGUGUGUAUAGAAUAAGUUGGUGGAAGGUAGGGACAUCUUUGUUGUCCUUGAUCAAUGCGACAAUUGGUUUCCUGACAGUUGGCUACAUCUACCUGUAUACAGGCAUCUCUUACUACCAACAGGUCAUGCUAUUGCCGAUCGUAUGUGGAUGUUUCUUCUAUUUUUACGGAUACAUCUUGUGGAUGCACACAUUCCGUGAUUACAUUAACUACCUAACCGUACUGGAGGCCAACAAUCUGAAGAUUAAGAAAAAUGUCUACCUGCCACUCAUCAUCAUCGGCAUUGCCGUUUACUCCUUUAUUUAUACUUGUUGCCUGUCCUUAACCGCCCUCUUGCCCAGAGAAACUGUUUACGAACUUCAAAGUAUUUUAUUUGUCAUAUCCUUCAUCCCCAGCUUCCUUGAUCUACACAUGUUUUCCUUUGUGAAGUUACUGAUAACAGCUUUGGCCAAGCUAGAAAAGAGAGUACGGGGAAUCGAACACUGGACCACAGACGACGUCAGCCUAGUGGCCCAAGAAUGGCUACGCCUGUGCAAUCUCUUCCACGAACACAACAAGAACUUCCAGUAUCCUCUGCACAUUCGCCUCGUAUUGCUCAUGGUACAAGCGAUGACAUUUAUGUUCUCGUUGGUGGUGUUGCGGCCGUCAAAGUCCUGCCUAACCCUGAUGCUGCCUACACUUGUGCCCCUCGCCGAACUCUCCAUCCGCUUCCUCUGUGUUUGUCUCGUUGGCGAAAUUCUCCGCAAAACAGUGAGUAAACAUAACGAAGAAGUUUGCAUCAGGAUGAGUUUAUAA